AUGCACAUCAACGCACUCUUGUUCCUUGCGCUAGCAGGUCUCACCCAGCUAUGCAGUGGGCACAUGCAUCUUCACUAUCCCCCAACACUGAAAGGGGAGAAUAAUCCUUUCACGCAGGGCGAAUCCGACCCGUAUCUCAACUACAACUACGGAUGCUGUGGUCGAGAGGUACCGGGUCCUUGUAAGGGCCACCUAGAUCUCGUAGACACAAAUGAAGGCAAACCGGUCGUCACGUGGUCUCCCGGUCAGAAGGUCAACUUCACUCUAUCCGGAUCUUCUACUACAGACGUGAAAGGAGGAACGCAUUAUGGGGGCAGUUGCAGCGUCGGCUUCUCCACCGACAAGGGCAAGUCCUUCAAGGUUGCGACUACAUGGAACGGGGAUUGCCCGCAUCGCGAGGGCAGCAUUGAUCCGUCUACACAGUCCUUUGACUUCACAAUUCCGGCAGACCUUCCAAGCGGUGACCGGACUAUCUUCGCUUGGACGUGGGUUAACCGGGAGAAGGAGUUUAAUAUGAACUGCGCCGUUGUAACUAUCGCCGGUUCCGAUGGGUCUCAGGAUCCUGGAGGCCAGCCAGCUUCUAGCAGCGCUGCUUCAAAGCCUUCUCCAACCUCUUCCACGGUUCCGAAGCAGUCGUCCGCAGCGCCAUCUCAGCCCCUCAAGAGCCAGUCUCCCGAACCUCCACUGCAACCUACUCAGACACAGCCUUCAUCCGCCCAGCCUACAAACUCCGCGCAAUACACUCUUGAAGGUUGCACCUGCUCUUGUCCUUAUCAGACCUGGUCCUCCGCUUGCAGCUGUUUCGAAUGCAAGUCGCCCACCACCAAGCGCCAUCUCAUUGAACGCAAGGUCCUUGAAUUGCACAAGCGCCAUGUGCAGAAUGCCGAAAAGCUCAACGUCCCUGUUCGACGCGCCGAAGCAGUGGCAUGGAACAGUCGCCCCGAUAUGCUGUUGAGCAUUGACUUUCCAGGUGCUUCUUGCCACUCCAAGGGCAACCCAUUCGAGCUGGAGUUUCCGGACCCUGGGCCAGACGUUGUUGCCGGCGAUGGUGAAUACGAGCUUGCGACCCCUGAUUGCACUUAA